GUCCAUGCUAGCUGGAAGUGAAGACAACACAGAGAGGGAGAGAGAGAGAGAAAGGUUGAAAAUGGCGUAUUGAAUGAGCUAAAAUUUUAAGGUUCUGAUUUCCCUUCUCUUCACCACAAUCGUGUGAUCUUUUCUCCACUGGUCUGAAAUAAGAAGAAGAAGAAGAUGGAGGCAACCGCUGGAAUGGUUGCUGGAUCACACAAACGGAACGAGCUUGUUCGGAUUCGCCACGAUUCUACCGAUAGUGGGUCUAAGCCUUUGAAGAAUUUAAAUGGCCAAAUCUGUCAAAUAUGUGGUGAUACUGUUGGCUUAACUGCCACUGGUGAUGUCUUUGUUGCCUGCAAUGAGUGUGCCUUCCCGGUUUGUCGUCCGUGUUACGAGUAUGAAAGGAAGGAUGGGAACCAGUCUUGUCCCCAGUGCAAGACAAGAUACAAGAGGCACAGAGGGAGUCCUCGAGUAGAGGGGGACGAUGAGGAGGAUGAUAUUGAUGAUAUAGAUAAUGAAUUCAAUUAUAAUAGCCAGGGAAAUACCAAGGCAAAGCGGCAGUGGGAAGAAGAUGCUGACCUUUCUUCAUCUUCUAGACGUGAUCCUCAACAACCGAUUCCACUUCUCACAAAUGGACAGCCGAUGUCGGGUGAGAUUCCUACUCCUGAUACUCAAUCUGUGCGAACUACAUCGGGUCCUUUGGGUCCAUCUGACAAGGUUCACUCACUUGCCUAUACUGAUCCACGGCAACCAGUUCCUGUAAGAACUGUUGAUCCAACCAAGGACUUAAAUUCUUAUGGCCUGGGUAAUGUUGACUGGAAAGAAAGGGUUGAAGGUUGGAAACUCAAGCAGGAGAAAAAUAUGGUGCAAAUGACUGGUAGAUACAAUGAAGGGAAAGGAGGUGACAUCGAAGGAACUGGUUCUAAUGGGGAAGAACUUCAAAUGGUUGAUGAUGCUAGACAGCCGUUGAGUCGUGUGGUGCCUAUUCCUUCAUCUCAGCUGACCCCUUAUCGUGUUGUUAUUAUACUCCGGCUGAUUAUUCUCGGGUUCUUCUUACAAUACCGUGUAACUCAUCCUGUGAAUGAUGCAUACCCACUAUGGUUGACUUCAGUUAUUUGUGAGAUUUGGUUUGCCUUAUCCUGGCUCUUGGAUCAGUUUCCAAAAUGGUUUCCCAUUAACCGUGAGACAUAUCUUGAAAGGCUUGCAUUAAGGUAUGACCGUGAUGGAGAACCGUCACAAUUGGCCCCUGUUGAUGUUUUUGUCAGUACAGUGGAUCCACUCAAAGAGCCUCCGCUUGUAACUGCAAACACUGUUUUGUCCAUUCUUUCUGUUGAUUACCCUGUAGACAAGGUUUCCUGCUACGUAUCAGACGAUGGUUCAGCUAUGUUAACUUUUGAAGCCCUAUCAGAAACAGCUGAGUUUGCAAAGAAGUGGGUGCCCUUCUGCAAAAAGCACAGUAUUGAGCCAAGAGCCCCUGAGUUUUAUUUUCAACAGAAGAUUGAUUACUUGAAGGACAAGAUUCAACCUUCUUUUGUAAAGGAGAGACGAGCAAUGAAGAGAGAAUAUGAAGAAUUCAAAGUGAGGAUCAAUGCCCUUGUAGCUAAAGCUCAAAAGAUGCCAGAAGAAGGAUGGACAAUGCAAGAUGGAACUCCUUGGCCUGGAAAUAAUCCCAGGGAUCAUCCUGGAAUGAUUCAAGUAUUUCUAGGUCAUAGUGGUGGUCUCGACACAGAUGGAAAUGAGCUACCUAGACUUGUAUAUGUUUCUCGUGAGAAGCGACCUGGCUUCCAGCAUCACAAAAAGGCCGGAGCUAUGAAUGCCUUGAUUCGAGUUUCUGCUGUGUUGACCAAUGGUGCAUAUCUUCUGAAUGUCGAUUGUGAUCACUACUUCAAUAAUAGCAAAGCUCUUAAGGAAGCCAUGUGCUUCAUGAUGGAUCCUGCUUUUGGAAAGAAAACAUGCUAUGUACAAUUUCCUCAGAGGUUCGAUGGCAUUGACUUGCACGAUCGAUAUGCCAAUCGCAAUAUUGUGUUCUUUGAUAUCAACUUGAAGGGUCUGGAUGGUAUUCAAGGCCCAGUCUAUGUCGGAACUGGUUGCUGUUUCAAUAGGCAGGCUCUGUAUGGUUAUGAUCCCGUGUUGACCGAGGAAGAUUUGGAACCUAACAUUAUUGUGAAGAGUUGUUGGGGUUCUAGGAAGAAGGGAUCGGGUGGCCACAAAAGAUUCAAUGACAAGAAGAGGGGUGUUAAAAGAACUGAAUCCACUGUUCCCAUCUUUAAUAUGGAAGACAUAGAAGAGGGUGUUGAAGGGUAUGAUGAUGAGAGGUCACUUCUUAUGUCGCAAAAGAGCUUAGAGAAACGAUUUGCCAACCCUGCAACUCUUCUUAAGGAAGCAAUCCAUGUUAUCAGCUGUGGUUAUGAAGACAAAACAGAAUGGGGCAAAGAGAUUGGAUGGAUCUAUGGUUCUGUGACUGAAGAUAUUUUGACCGGGUUUAAGAUGCAUGCACGUGGUUGGAUUUCCAUUUAUUGCAUGCCACCUCGCCCGGCAUUCAAGGGUUCAGCUCCUAUCAAUCUUUCUGAUCGUCUUAACCAGGUGCUUCGGUGGGCCUUGGGUUCAAUUGAGAUCUUUCUAAGUAGGCAUUGUCCCUUGUGGUAUGGGUACAAUGGGAGGUUGAAGCCUCUUCAGAGAUUCGCUUAUAUUAACACUAUCGUCUACCCUCUUACCUCAAUUCCACUGCUUGCAUACUGUACCCUUCCAGCAUUUUGUCUUCUCACCAAUAAAUUUAUCAUUCCUGAGAUAAGCAACUUCGCCAGCAUGUGGUUUAUCCUCCUUUUCGUCUCCAUUUUCGCUACUUCAAUCCUCGAGCUUAGGUGGAGUGGGGUCAGCAUAGAAGACUGGUGGAGGAACGAACAGUUCUGGGUCAUCGGUGGCACAUCAGCACAUCUUUUUGCAGUGUUCCAAGGUCUUCUCAAGGUGCUAGCUGGAAUUGAUACAAACUUCACCGUCACGUCAAAGGCCUCAGAUGACGACGGGGAGUUUGCUGAGCUUUAUGUGUUCAAAUGGACGUCGCUCCUCAUCCCACCGACAACAGUGCUCAUUGUGAAUUUAGUAGGGAUAGUUGCCGGUGUGUCGUACGCCAUAAACAGUGGCUACCAAUCUUGGGGUCCAUUGUUUGGAAAACUCUUCUUUGCCAUUUGGGUCAUUGCACAUCUAUAUCCAUUCUUGAAGGGUCUUUUGGGAAGGCAAAACAGAACACCAACCAUUGUUAUUGUUUGGUCUAUUCUUCUUGCUUCUAUAUUCUCGUUGCUUUGGGUCAGAAUUGAUCCUUUCACCAAUGGCUCCAACAAAUCAUCCUCUGGUCAAUGUGGCAUAGACUGUUAAGGUUAAAUUUUGGGGAUUAUUUUUUGUAUAAUGUAUUAAGGUUUCACCCCCUUUUGAUCUCCUCGUGUUUGGAGAAACUCUAGAGUUCCAAGUGUUUGUAUAUAUUGCAAGAACAUAAGUCCAUUUAAGGUUGUCUUGGAGGGUUGUCCCCUUCAUGUAUCGUUCGUUUAUUUUUUUAAACCUUAUUUGGUCCUUGUAAGAAUAGGUUAUGUUAAGAUGUACUCGUGUCAUGUACUUUGAACACACAAUAUAAAUUAUAUUUAUGUCAAGUAAUUUAAUUCAAGCAA